UUUGCAGCGGCCACACCAGAAGCCGCCUGGGCGGGACCCCAGCGUGAGCAUCGAGCGCCCCCCAAGGAGUGCACGACCCCCGGAGCCGCCCUCAACACGGACCGCGCCCGCCGGGCACACAAGAAUGGUCACUCAGAUACUCGGGGCCAUGGAGUCUCAGGUGGCGGGGGGCCCGGCCGGCCCGGCCCUGCCCAACGGGCCACUCCUUGGUACAAAUGGAGCCACUGAUGACAGCAAGACCAACCUCAUCGUCAACUAUCUGCCCCAGAAUAUGACCCAGGACGAGUUCAAGAGUCUCUUUGGCAGCAUUGGCGACAUCGAGUCCUGCAAGUUGGUUCGGGACAAGAUCACAGGGCAGAGCCUUGGCUACGGGUUUGUGAACUACUCUGACCCCAACGAUGCAGACAAAGCCAUCAACACCCUCAACGGCCUCAAACUGCAGACGAAGACCAUCAAGGUAUCCUAUGCCAGACCCAGCUCUGCCUCCAUCCGGGAUGCGAACCUGUACGUAAGCGGGCUCCCCAAGACCAUGAGCCAGAAAGAGAUGGAGCAGCUCUUCUCCCAAUACGGUCGCAUCAUCACUUCUCGCAUCCUGGUGGACCAGGUCACAGGUGUCUCUCGGGGUGUGGGAUUCAUCCGCUUUGACAAGAGGAUCGAGGCCGAGGAGGCCAUCAAAGGACUGAACGGGCAGAAACCGCUGGGCGCGGCCGAGCCCAUCACAGUCAAGUUUGCCAACAACCCGAGUCAGAAGACCGGGCAGGCCCUGCUCACUCACCUCUACCAGUCCUCCGCCCGGCGCUAUGCAGGCCCCCUGCACCAUCAGACACAGCGCUUCCGGCUGGACAAUUUGCUCAACAUGGCCUAUGGAGUCAAGAGUCCCCUGUCGCUCAUCGCCAGGUUCUCACCCAUCGCCAUUGACGGCAUGAGCGGCCUGGCGGGCGUGGGCCUGUCGGGGGGCGCGGCGGGCGCAGGCUGGUGCAUCUUCGUGUACAACCUGUCUCCGGAGGCUGAUGAGAGUGUGCUGUGGCAGCUGUUUGGGCCCUUCGGGGCGGUCACCAAUGUCAAGGUCAUCCGUGACUUCACCACCAACAAGUGCAAGGGCUUCGGCUUCGUCACCAUGACCAACUACGACGAGGCGGCCAUGGCCAUCGCCAGCCUCAACGGCUACCGCCUGGGCGAGCGCGUGCUGCAGGUGUCCUUCAAGACCAGCAAACAGCACAAGGCCUGAGCCACCGCCGCCCUCCCCACCCUCCCCGGGCAGCAGAGACAGAGAGAGAGAGAGAGAGAGAGAGAGAGGACGGGCCGAGAGAGACAGCGCAGCAGACCACGGACAGCACGAGGGCCCCGUGUCCCUGCGGAAGCCACAGGGUGAGCACUCGGUGGGAGGGUCUGCAGGGAGUGGGGGGUGCCUGGGGGUCCCCCACCCCAUCCUUCUGCCUCCCCUCGCACCCCCCCUCAGGCUGGGCUGUUCACUCUCUCGUCUUGGUUUUGUUCAUGGCGAAGGUUUUUUGUUUCCUUUUUCGGCUAAAACGAAAGCAGAGAUGUGCCCCCAGCCACCUUCACCACCCUCCAUGGAUGGCCUGGGAGGGCACUGGGGGUGCCCUCCCAGGCCCCCUUGCCCAGGCCUCCCCAACACCUUGGUGAGCCUGAGGGGGUGGGAACAGGUUUAAAAAUCCCCAAAAAAGCUAAAUGUGAGAGGGAUGUGGGCAUCCCUGGCCCAGAGCCCCUGGGCGGAGUGUGAGGAGCAGGGGGAGGGGCUGGAAACAGAAACAAAAUGAAAAAAAAAG